AUGACGCUACCCAUCCCCACAUACGCCUUUACCGUCCCUUCACUUCACGAUGGGACUCCACUCGACUGUCGCCUUUAUCUCCCCCGCGUUUCGUUGGAGCCAGGAACUAUACGAGGGGCUAUAGUCGCACAUCCAUAUGCUACUCUCGGUGGGUGUUACGAUGAUCCAGUCGUAAGCUUUGUUGGCGGAGAGCUUUUAAAGAGUGGAUAUAUCGUGGGUACAUUCAAUUUCCGAGGUGCUGGUAAUUCCGAGGGACGGACUAGUUGGACUGCGAAGCCCGAGUUAGCAGAUUAUGUUUCUUUCUACGGAUUCAUGUUGUGCUACUUGCAUUGCCUGGAGUUGCGAGUAGCUUCCCUGCAAGGAGACAAUAGCAGCCCAGAGGAGGGCGCUGAUAAUCGGGUCUCCCGUGCUCAGCCUACACCUAGACGGGCAAAUAUUCAUCUCAUUCUCGGUGGUUAUUCUUACGGAUCAUUGAUUGCUUCGCACCUACCCACACUUGAUGUCGUUGCGAAUCUCUUCAAAAACAUGAAGGCCGCCCCACCGUCAUAUGAGAUAGUUCAAACCGCCGGAAAGGUUUCAGGUUUUUUUGAGGCCAGUGGCUCAACUCCAGAACGGCCAUUGGUAGCAAGGGACUAUCGAGCCAUGGUAGAAAGGCUGGAUAUAACAAGAGCAUCUAUUUCAUACCUUCUCGUGUCGCCUCUCUUGCCACCACUCAAUCUCUUCCUGACAUUUUUUUCCACAAUGUCAUUGGAUAUAAGUAUCCAUAUCCCCAGUCAACGGGAACAGAUUCCAUGCCCCAAGCCCACCCAUCAGCUAUGCACCCAUCCGAGUCUAGCUAUCUACGGGAACCAGGACACCUUCACAUCUGCAAGUAAAUUAAACAAAUGGUCAGACGAACUGUCGCAUGCCCCCCGGAGCCAAUUUCGGUCGGCCGAGAUUGAUGGAGCUGGGCAUUUCUGGAGAGAAGAUGGAGUCGAGUCUCAGGCGCGAGAUGCCCUGAGAAACUGGUUACGUUUGAUACCUUGA